CGUACUCGAUCCAGAGGCAGAGAGCCUUUGAGGGUUACGAGAGGUCGGUUGUCUUCGCCGGCUUAAUUCGAUCGGGGAAUAUCCACCUAAUACCGUCACGCAGAAGAAUGAAGCAGCUACAAGAAGUAUUGGAAAAAUGGGCGGUCAUCAUCAGAGAGAUCAAUACGGAUAUGGUUUUGGCCGAUGCAAUUGAUAAAAUCCAGGACAGUUUACGUGGCGUUUUGGAUGCUAUGCGAAGAAUCGUUCGCCCGCUCUGGGGUGGCACGACACCUUCAGAAAUGAAAAUUGGUCAAACAGACCAACAUUUAUCUGACGCUCUUCCGGAAAUACUUGAAGGACUGGCGCAGGCCGUCGACGAGUUUAUCUCGGGUUUGAGUGCUCUGCCAUUUUUGAGUCAUGUUCGACGUCGCGUCAUGGAGGAGGCGCGUCGGCCGCUACUCGACUUCAACCGAGACCUGUUGUAUUGGAGUAUCAAUUUACGCCAGUUCUCUGGUGGGUCCUCGACAUGUUGUCUGCUGCUCGCCAAUUUAAUGUGUGUUGCUUUAAGGCCAUUUGUACAGAAAUGCUCUCCGUCACCACGUAUCUACAGUAGCUGACUGCAUGUCAGAUCAUUUUGACAACGUGACAAAACCGCUCGAAGAAUUCCUUGACUGUGGUAGUGACCGCACAUUGACACUGGAAUCCCAAAUUGACCACCUCCAACAGGUUUGUACAUGAUCAGGUUUUACGAACGACGUCUAGCAUUUCAAAAUUUGUCAACAUUCGCCAUCUUCUUCGCUGGAGUGCCUGCAUUCAGCAUCCAGUUCAGUUGCGAUGGCCGCCACGAGUC